UGACGUGCUGCGGUCUCGGGACGUGCAAUGCAGACAGUUUUAGCGAGGUAGACAAACAUUAGUGUCUAUAAUUUCCACAAAACACGGUAAAAAGCAUUCUGAUUAAAGCAACACAAUGGAAAAUAACGUGACAUCAGAGCCCAAAUCCAACGGUGUGAAGAAAGGAGGACCCAGGAUUAUUGUGGAUGAGGAUGAUGAAGAUCUCAGUCCAAACGACCUGUCCGAGAUGUUAGCUGAGGGCACAAAGGAGUCUCAUGACAAAGCAGAAAACUGCCAGUUUGUCAAAGAUUUCCUCAGGGGCCGCAUCAAAAGAGAGUUGUUUAAGAGAGGCACAGCAGCUUUGUUCUUUGUCUACUCGGCCUUGGAAGAGGAGAUUGAGAAGAACAGAGACCAUCCACACAUCGCUCCAAUCUACUUCCCGGCAGAGCUGCACCGCCGUGAGGCCUUGGCGCAGGACCUGGAGUACUUUUAUGGAGAGGACUGGGAGAGCCAGAUCAGCCUCUCCGCAGGCACCAAACCUUAUGUGGACCGCAUCCAUGAGGUGGGAGAGAAGGAGCCUGUUUUGCUGGUGGCCCACUCCUACACCCGCUACAUGGGUGACCUCUCAGGGGGACAGAUCCUUAAGAAAGUGGCCCAGAGGGCUCUGAAGCUCCCCUCCACAGGAGAAGGUCUCAAUUUCUACCAGUUUGAAGGAAUCCACAGUCACAAGGGCUUCAAGCAGCUUUACCGUAGCAGGAUGAACGAGCUGGAGAUGGACACAGAGACCAAAGACAGGAUUGUUGAUGAGUCCAAUCGGGCCUUUGGCUUCAACAUGAUGGUAUUCUCAGAGCUUGAGGACGUUGGAAAUACCAUUGAAGAAGAAGUCCAAGAUGCAGGUUUUGGACACGGUCAUGCAGAGAUCAUGGAGGGUGGAGAUAUCAACAAGUGCCCGUACUAUGCCGCUAAAAUGGCUGCCAGUGGGAAUCCCACUUACGCAUUCCAGUUCGCCAUGACGCUCCUCAGACAUCCAGCUGCUCAGGUGGCUCUGGCCACCUGGGUCGCCCUCCUCGCUGGGUUUGCUGCCUGGUACCUCCUGUGAACUCUGACAAACUUCAUCUGCCUCCAAUAAGCAAAAAUCGUAUCAGAUUUUAUCCGUCACAGUUUAUUAUCAUCCCCCAAAAAAGAAGUGUUGAACAAUAGGAAUCAAAACUAGACCCCAACAUUUGAUGCACUUCAUUACUGACAUUUUGCAUUUCUUCAUAUGUGGAAUAAACUGUUGUAGUCUUUGCAGUUUUGUCUUAUUUUGAACAGUCAUAAUAUAAGAGCUUUUUCUGGUGAUGCGCAUGUUGUUUGACAGGUAAAGGCAACUUCCUGAUGCAUGUACUCAGUAUGCCGUUGUAAGUGUGUAUACAAACUUUAUAUACACUUUACCAUACAAAAAACUGAAAUGCAUAUUAAACUGUGCAAUUAAAGUUGAAGAAUAUUGAAUGUAUUUAAUAUAAAAUAGAUGCAGGUUGUGUAGGGGGUUGUUUUUUAAGAGGAACUGUUCAGGUUUGCACAUUUGUCAGUCAAUAAACAAUGGUUAUAAUUUACAACAAAUGUAAUAAUCUUUGUAUUUUCUAUAGAAAUGAAAUCAAAAUAUGAAUCCUUUUGCGUCUCCACUUUGGAUAUUUUCAACAGAU